GGAAGCACCGCCUGUAAGACGCCACACGCGUCGAUCGCUAGUUUCGUGUAAUCAGCCAUGUCGAACCACCUCAAACAAACACUUGUUCGCGGACACCGAAAAAAGAAAGUCCUACAAAAAAUGGUAAAGACAACCGCAGGAGGAUCCGCUUUAGCCGUUCAUCACACCAAGAAGAAGAGGCGGCCGGUGCCGGAACGCCGCCGCUCUUUUAAGAAGAGAGUGUUUGAUUAUCUCUUUUCCGAUGAUUACAUGUUUGCACCCCUGCUUUCCUUGCAUUCCUCAAUAGUCUCCUCAUCUUCAUUUGCAGGAAUUGGGGAACCACUCUCAAAGGAAAAAGAGGAGGAUUUUGUGGGGAAAGUUGUUGAUUAUAUGAGGUCUGAUUGCUACUUGUACUCUCCAAUGGUGAUUACUCAACCGUGGCUUACAUCAUCUGUUCAAUGUCCACCCCCAGCUAAUAAAACAGGGUUACAUCAUAUCCUUGAAAAGAUAGACACGGUCGAAACCGGAGAUUUGUUAAAAGAAGGCGAUCAAACUGAUCAUCCUGUUGAGAAGAUUAGUAAGGACCAGAACACCGAUAGCUGUCAUCCUUUUGAUUUAAGCCGCACUCGCAUCAAAAGUACCAGCUUACGGCAAGAAAGAGUUAAGCAUGUGAUAUUGCAACCCUCCCAUCCGUUAACCCCGUGACAACAGAAGAGUGUUCUUUGGACCUAGGAAGAGUCGUGGGAGGUUUGCGACGAACUAUAGCAAUCCCAAGUUUGCAUAUCACGCUUUAGUCUAUCUUCAACUUUUUUUAGAUACACAUACUAAAUCUAUAUAUAUAUAUUGCUCUAAAAUUUUCUUUGUAUUUGCUCCCCCCACGCCCAGGUCCCAUGAAAGUACAGUUUUUAGUUUUUUUUUUUAUUUGUAACAAGAUAUAACGGUCAGACAUAUGAGAAAAUAUAUGGAGUAUGUCAACACGCAGGAUCCUGAUCCAUCUAACGGACAACAGCAACACGGGAGGAGAGCUUGGGAAGGGGAAGUGUGGAUCGUGUGGGUGUAAUAGGCCAGGCCCCUACCCAGCACUCUACCCGGCUGCAAAAGCCAGGCGGCAGAGAAUCCUGAUCCAUGUCAACAUGCUCACUAUGGAGUAUUCUCUCUAUUCAACUCUUCUUUUGACUCACACAAGAUUUAUAGUGUAAAUUUUGUGAUCAAAAGUUGAGAAUUGAGAAUGAAGUCUAUUUUAAUUUAGGAUGAAAAUGAAAGAAUGGGGUUGAUUUUGGGACAGAUCUAGUUUUUUCCUGUGCAAAUUUAUCUGCGUGUUAGAGAAUUGAGAAUUUUAUUAUUGUUUUCCGACUUUAUUCAACGCUCUAAUCCUUC